AUGAACACAUAUCAAAAAUCAUCGAUUUCUAGUGAACGGUAUACUGAGCUGCUGUGCAUAUCUGCGCAGAUAUUUCAGCUGGAUGCUGGAACGUGGGGGGAACUCACAAAGGAUUUUGUUUUAAUUCAUGUGUAUUACGAUUCUGUGACUAAUCUUACGAAACUAAUCGCUUUAGAUGGCAUGAAGUUAAUUAUCAAGGAUCUUGUUCUUUCACCGUGUUUAACGUUGACUAGGCCAACAAAAAAAUUUGUUCAUUUUGUGAGCUCCGUUUAUGGGAGAUCAGAAAUGUAUGGAUUCGGCUUGCGAAAAGCAGAAGAUGCAGCAUUGUUUAUGAAUCAAGUUAAUCGAUUAAGCAGAAAGCUGAGUCAGAUUUUGAGUGUCGGUGAAAAAGCCAAUAUCACUUCAGCAGCAAUUUUGUCCGGAAACUGUCAGCCUAUGUUGCCUCGAACGCAAUGUUCACAGUCUCUCGACUUGGAUCGCAGUACUGAAUCGAUCUGGAGAGACUCGUCAGGUAUAGUCUGCCCACCAUCAUCCAAGGGUCAUAGUGCAUUGAUUGAGAAGGCGUUUCAAGAAAUCUCAUUGUCGGAUGACGAUUUUACUGGUACUGCUGUGCCAUCGGUGUUAGGAGCUCUUGACGAUGUCUAUCGCACACCCACCAAAAAGUACAUGAAGGAACUGCGUGAAUAA